AUGGCUUCCCGCGCACUGGCCCUUGGUGACCUUGGCACAAAUUUUCCCUUGGAGAUUGUUGAAAUGAUACUCCGUAAUGUCGGAGACAAGCCCAACAGGCUAACCCACAAACAAAUUCACGAUCUAAAUGCCCCGCGAAGAACUAACAAAGCCACUAACGAAUUUGUGGAGGGCUGGAUUAUCAUGCAGAUUAAGAGGAUUAAAACAUUUCCUAGCGCUGCAACAGCACUGGAAGAUAUGAGCGAUGUUCAAAUCACAGCCAUCGAGCCUCCCGGUAGCCCCAGGUUUGUGCCUAAUGAUGCCCUCUCCGAAGCAGUUAUUGAAGAUUGCCCCUCCUGCGUCGACGGCAUUUGCAACAUUCUAGAGAUCCCCAGGCCUGACCGGCCCAACCUGUGCAAUGAGCAAGGCUGGUCUCUCCUUUCUUUGUCCAUUGAUUCUGCCGAGACCUAUCGCAGUUUGCGUUUGAUUAAUUGCGGUCUGUUCGGAGACAUUUAG